GCGGAUUUUGGUGGCAGCUACAUUGUUGGAGGCAGCCAUCAGUCAGCGGUGAUGUCAACAGAGAGACGGGAGUCGGAAGUGCACAGGCACGGGGAUAAGAAAUGUGACGGACAGCAGGGACGAUGCAGUGGAGGAGGAUGACGACCGAUGCACACUGGCAGAAUGAGGUUCAAGGUCGGGUUAAGACAUACCCAUUCGUGCUGGAGUGCAGAUUUAUGCGCUGGGAGCAAGAAAGGUGACCAAAAAAGUGAUCCGAGAGUUGUAGUAAGCAGUGGACGGGAUGGUCAGUGGGUGGUGGUGGUGGUGGUGCUGCUGCUGCUGAUGGUGGUUGCGCCGUGCUUUGCUGCAGUGAAGCUUGAGCUUGAGCUUCCUGAUGCAGCGAGUUGCACGCUGCGGACUGCCAGUGUUCUGCUUGCGGCUUCGAUCGAUGUAGCGCCAGGAUCAAAUGCCGGUGCCAGUGAUUUACCAAUGGCUCGCCAAGUACUUGGCCCGACUUGGCUCUAUCGACAGUUCAAGUUGCUUGGUUGCCCGGACGUGCCAGUGGUCCUCUCAAUCUAUUCGAGUUGUGGUAGGUCUGAAGUGCAGUGAGAGACUUUUUGCUUUCCGGCCGUACGUGGCACUGCCUCAGAGAAAAACGCGACAACAGGAACGAGGGGUUGGGUUCAUGCAGUGCCGGUGCAUGCAGUGCAGGGCGCUACGCAACGCAUACCUAGGUACCUAGGUAGGAUUAUAUCACAGGCACCUACAACUACAGGUCCUACCCAUUGUAUAGGUAGAGGAGGUUCC